GCAGCACAGAUAAUGAAGGGAGGGGCCCAGAAUGCUCCCCCCUCCCUCUCUAUAAGUAUCAGACCAGUGAAUAGUGUAGGUUGUCAGCAUUGUGUAAUAGUGCAGUGCUACUCUCAACAUGACCGCCAGCAUUCAUGACAUUCUGCCUCAAAAUUUUGCCUAUGUGAUCCUCACCUUUAUCUACAGCAAUGUUUUACUCAUGUACCUUGGGAUAAAUGUGGGAAGAGCAAGAAAGAAGUAUGGCGUCAAGUAUCCACAGAUGUAUUCCGACAAAGAGAAUGUGUUUAAUUGUAUUCAGAGAGCACACCAGAACACAUUGGAAGCGUAUCCAGCUUGGUUAAUCUUCCAGCUCAUUGCAGGUCUUGCAUUUCCACUUUCCGCUUCUGUUCUUGGAGUAAUAUGGGUGACCAGUCGUUUUUCAUAUGCUCAUGGAUACUAUACUGGAGACCCUGAGAAGAGACUCAAAGGAGCUUAUGGCUACCUCGGGCUGUUUGGUGUUCUUAUCUUAUCAUUGGUUGCUGCCCUUCAGCUUCUUAAUGUGGUUUAAGGAGUUUUGCACUGAAUUAAGAAAUGCAUGUACUGCAUUAUCUGCUGCAUUUAUCUCUUUUUACAAAUUAAAUAAAAUGUUUGUUUACUA